AUGUACUUCUCUAAGUCCACCAUCGUUUCUUUCGGCCUUUUGGCCACCAGCCAGCUUGUGGCAGGCCACAGCGCUAUCACCGGAGCCACAGGUGAUAUGGGCGGUGCCGGAUCCGCUAUUGGAGUUGACCCCAACACACCCCGUGAUGGCACGAGGCGCAACCCCUUCCAGCAGGACGCCACCCGCUUCCGAGGUGACGCUGCGGACACCUGCGGCGAGACCCUUGGCGGAGGCACCAACGAUGUCGAGGCCGGCACCGCACAGGUCAUGCAGCUCAACGGCCAGACGCUCCCUCAGGUCUCUGCGGGCGGCCAGCUCAUGAUGACGCUCCACCAGGUCAACGGUGACGGCGCUGGCCCAUACACCUGCAUGAUGGAUGCGUCCGGCACUGGCCAGAGCUUCGACACCAUGCUUCAGGUCACCCAGAACGUUGACGGCAAUGCUCGUGGCCGCAACAACGACCAACAGAUGCAGGACCUGCCUCUGAACGUCGCUAUCCCGGCUGACGCCGCUUGCACCGGUACGGUUGCGGGCCAGAGUAACGUCUGCAUGGUCAAGUGCAUGAACCCCGCUCGUGCUGGUCCCUUCGGUGGAUGUGUCCCCGUCCAGAUGGCGGGUGCGGGUAACGCCACCGCCGCAGCUGGUGCUGGUGCCGCAGGCGCUGCUCAGCCUGCUGCCGCACAACCUGCUGCCGCUGGUACUGCCGGAACUGCGGGCACUGUUGGAACUGCUGGUACUGCUGGUACUGCUGGUACUGCUGGUACUGCUGGUACUGCUGGUACUGCUGGUACUGCUGGUACUGCUGGCGCCGUCCCCGCUGCGAACGUUCCCGCCGCAGGUGCCGCAGGUGCCGCGACCGGUGCCACUGGCGCAACCGGCGCAACCGGAGCCACUGCCAAGCGCGACCCCAAGAAGCUCUCCAGCAACGGUCCCGUACUCACCGACGACGACCAGGAAGAGGAGGUCGAUCUCCUUGGCGAGGAGUUCAAGCGCUAUGUCGUCACUGACAACUAG